AUGUUUCUCGCCCGCCAACUACCCGUACGACGUAGCCUUGCAACACCCGCAAUCGCAUUCCCCUUCCUCGGCCGCCGCCUCGUUGGUAGCUCGGUGUCGGCGGAAGACGAAGAACAGAUUUCGCAGGCACGGAAAUGGUUGGCCUCAUUCACACCAGAGAAUAUCCCAAGGAAGUACUGCGAAGUCACGUUUUCGCGCGCGUCGGGGCCCGGGGGGCAGAAUGUUAACAAGGUAAACACUAAAGCGACGCUCCGCCUCGAUCUGGGAUUACAUGGCUACUUCAUCAACCCCUAUAUCCUCCAGAAAGUCCGAGAGAACUCAAGCUACGUGACCAAGCACGACGAAAUUGUCAUUCAAUGUGACACCCAUCGGAACCAAGCCAAGAACACGGAGGAGUGUUUCCAAAGGCUCCAUGCCGCAAUUGCGAAUGCUGCGCAGCUGCGGGGGGAGACUACUGAGGAGACGAUGAAGAACGUGGAGAGAAUUGAAAAGAAGAAUAAGGAAAAGAGGUUGCAGGCGAAGAAGAUGCACAGUAGUAAGAAGAGCGCUAGAAAGGGUGCGCGGGAUGAUUGA